AUGGAGCGGAACGCUGCUUCUGUGUUGAAGUCCCGCCCAAUGGGGUUGCGGAUGCUGCGUGCGUACUCCGCCCGCUUCAAAUCCGCCCUCUGUUUCACGGCAUCCAUCCGCCUCCUCUUCGCCUUCUCCCUCUCCUCCGCGAUCCACUUCGGCCCCUUCCCUCUCCCCUUCCCUCUCCCCUUCCCUCUCCCCUUCCCUCUCCCCUUCCCUCUGCCUGCCCUUCUCUUCUCCCCGCAAUCUUCACCUCAGUCUUUCCCCCUCUGCUUUGCCCUCCUCCCCCACCAACGUCCUCUCCGCCUCCCCUUCCACAUCCCCCUUCCUCCUCCUCUCCCUCCGCCCCGUCCGUCCCCCUCUCUCAUUGCCACCCACUCGUCUCUCUCCCCCUGCCCCUCCCCUCCCACCACUCUCUCUCUCUCUCUCUCUCUCUCUCUCUCUCUCUCUCUCUCUCUCUCUCUCUCUCUCUCUCUCUCUCUCUCUCUCUCUCUCUCUCUCAAAUUCUUAAACACCGUUCUCCCUCCUCCCACCUUCUCUCCCCCCUCCUCCUCUCCCCAUCCUGCUCCCCCCCACCUAUCACCACCCACUCCACCUCCCCCCUUUUCCCCUCCCCCGCCCUCCCCAUCCUCCCCGUCAGCUGGCAGAGGCAGGCACGGGCAGGCACGGGCAGGCACAAGCAGGCACAGGCAGGCACGAGAAGGCACGGGCAGGAAUGGCAGGCACGGGCAGGCAUGGGCAGGCACGGGCAGUAGAGGCAGGCUGGCAGAGCUUCUUUCAGUAAGAAACGCAGCCAUGGGUGCGCUUCGCUCGCUCUUCCUGCUCGCCCUCGUCCUCGCCGCGACUCUGAGCCUCGCUGGAGUCUCAGCGGCGCCGCGCCGCGCCCUCGGCAAGGUCAAGGGGGACCCUCCUCAGAAGCCCCUUCCUCCAACUCCUUUCGACCCGAAGAGCUUCCCUGUCGCGUCCAACCACCCCUCUCCAAGCGGCUCACGGAAGGGCUCCAUGGACUCAACCAUCUCGUUCGAUUCCAAGGCGCCAUCCGUGCCCUCACUCGGCGGCUCGCCGUCCCGAAAGGGCUCAGCGGAUUCGACCUUCUCCUUCGAUUCCAAGGACGGGGGAUCCCGCAGGAGCUCCGUGGAUUCCGUCUCGUCUGUGAAAGCCACAGCUGUGAAAGCUCGGCGGGCUCUCCUCGAUUUCGCGGGUCAGCGCAACGUGCCCGAGGCCACUGGCCCUCAGACGCCGAAACCCGCCGAGGUUGACGGCGCCGACUCGCACGUGGUGACGCCGCGCAUUCUCGUUAUCAAGGGGGGACCUCAGAAGCCCCUUCCGCCCAACCCAAGCGGCUCGCGGAAGGGCUCCAUGGACUCAACCAUCUCGUUCAAUUCCAAGGCGCCAUCCGUGCCCUCACUCAACGGCGCGCCGUCCCGAAAGGGCUCAGCGGAUUCGACCUUCUCCUUCGAUUCCAAGGACGGCGGGUCCCGCAGGAGCUCCGUGGGUUCCGUCUCGUCCGUGGAUUCCGCUGCUGCGGCGAAGCAAUUCCUCGCAAACGUCCCAAACGCGUUCGAGCCUUACUCGGGCAACUCUGGCGGAUCCCGCAAGGGCUCAGGGGCAACGCCACGCAUUCUCGUUAUUAAGGGGGGACCUCAGAAGCCCCUUCCGCCCAACCCAAGCGGCUCUCGGAAGGGCUCCAUGGACUCAACCAUCUCGUUCAAUUCCAAGGCGCCAUCCGUGCCCUCACUCAACGGCGCGCCGUCCCGAAAGGGCUCAGCGGAUUCGACCUUCUCCUUCGAUUCCAAGGACGGCGGGUCCCGCAGGAGCUCCGUGGGUUCCGUCUCGUCCGUGGAUUCCGCUGCUGCGGCGAAGCAAUUCCUCGCAAACGUCCCAAACGCGUUCGAGCCUUACUCGGGCAACUCUGGCGGAUCCCGCAAGGGCUCAGGGGCAACGCCGCGCAUUCUCGUUAUUAAGGGGGGACCUCAGAAGCCCCUUCCGCCCAACCCAAGCGGCUCUCGGAAGGGCUCCAUGGACUCAACCAUCUCGUUCGAUUCCAAGGCGCCAUCCGUGCCCUCACUCAACGGCGCGCCGUCCCGAAAGGACUCAGAGGGUUCGUUCAUCUCCAUCGAUUCCAACGACAGCGGAUCUCGCAGGAGCUCCGUGGGUUCCGUCUCGUCUGUGAAAACCGGGGUGUCUGUUCAGAUUCGCGCCGCUGAUUCCAAUGGCAAAAAGGGAGGGAAGUGA